UGUUUAGACUGUAAAGACACAGAUCCUAGCAGCUGUCCUUCGCGGGUCAAAGAACUCGGAGGGUGUGGUCCUCAAAAUAAGGCUGAGGCAAAUUUGAUAAACAGAGAAUGUAGAAAAAGCUGUGGACUUUGUAGAGGUGAGACUGAUAAUUGUCGCUUCAUGAGCCUCAUCAUUUGAAUUUUUGUAGUUGCGUUUAAUACAUUUCAAUAAUUCGCCGCUCACAUUCCCUAUAUUGUCAUCAUGAGUUCGUCGAACCCUCAAGGAGCCCUAUCAAGCAGGCAUUGGUAAGGACUACUGAAUAAGCGAGCAUACUAUGUAAAGCUUGAUUUUAAUUUUAAUUAGUGUAAAGUGGAAGACAAAAAUGGCCUUUAGUCAUCGUUUAUUUCAAAACAAUGAAUUCUUUGGAUAAAAGUCCUAUAUGCCUUUGUAUUUAUUGAUAUUUUAAAAUCAACCUUUCAAUGUUUUCCUUUACAGUUUAUGACAGACACGCAGCGUGCCCGGCUUGGGCAGUCACAGGGGAAUGUGACAAGUCCAACUCUAGCUGGAUGAUGGAUAACUGUCCUCAAAGCUGUAAUGUGAAUGGUGGGUAUCAAAGAUUUUUUAAGUCAAAGUCCGGCAGGUCUCAAUAUAAAUAAGUAAGGACAAGUAUGGAAAAAGCCUUCAUGGCUCUUAAGCUUGGCAUGGACUAGAGCACACAUCGCCUUUGGCACGCGCAUGCGCGAUUUGCACAAAAAUGAUACACUGUGUCUUAGAGUAUAUCUCGAGUAUAUCGGUGAAAGUAAUGAUUUUCAAAUGGAGAUUAAAGAGAUUAAUUGAAGAUGGUAAUUGGCAAAUAUCAUCCUGAAUUAAGAAACGUUCAGUUGACUAUCAUGACCAUAUUAUUGGAAUGUAAACACGAGGUAAAGGAGAUAGUAGUACGGGGCGCAACGAGUUAGCCUUUUUUGCGGUGAUGGGAGUCUCGUCGAUAACCUGCGGGGAAAUACACAUGCAUUACAUAAAUGUUACAGAUUUUUGUGUAAGAUCAUAAGGUCAUAAUAUACGUUUAAGAGAUUGUAAAUCGAUGAUGUGAUGCUACAUUUUUAAUCAUGGGCGUCAUGUCCUAAUGUAGUGGAGGGAAAUAAAAAAAAAAUAAAAAAAUGAGGAAGAGCAAAAUUCCAAUGCGGAGGAGUAGAAAGGGGAGUGUAGGGUAUAAGUAAACAAUCAUGUUUUGUCAGGAGCCCAUCAAAUGGAGCCUCCAUCUCCCAUACAAGCCCUUGGAGUCAACCCUUUCCCGAGUAGAUUUAUAAUUAGAACGGUUCCCAGGGAAGACUUCGCGCGUCGACGGUGGGAAGAGCCAAUCACAACGACUAAAUGACACUGCUAUUAUUGUACUUCAUGAAACAGCAGGAAAUCCGGUGUUGACAGACCAAACAAAAUCAUAAGCUAGUGAAACGUGACUUUAAUUUUGGUUGUUUGUCUCACAUUUAUAAGAGGCCAUGAAGCUGUUCUGUUACAUGCGUAAUGAUUAACUACUACCUGCAGUCUGUAGUUCUGACAGGAUUCGUUUUGUUUAGCCACUUUUUUUUGAGCGUUAAGGUUCUUGUUUCGGCUAAAUGACUCAAUAUUAAUCAAAUUUCUAGUUUUUCAAGUUUUUCUCCGAAAUGCGUUUGUCUGAAUAAAUACUGUGGUUGUUUUGUCUGUCAGUUAGUGUCAUGAUUCCCUGCUAUGUUUUGUAACGCGAAGCCCAGCCAUUGUUUUCUCGCAAAAAAGUGAUCUACAGAUGCGAAUUCGAAGGAAAGAAUUGGCCUAAACUUCUACAUUAAUUGCUGAGAAUUCUCCUGUUAGUCAGUCAUAAUUCUUUGGGCGUAGAUACAAUCCAUUUUGUUUUUCUUGAGAUAAGUGGGUCUUUGGACUGGAGCGCGAUGUCGCAAAUUCCACCGUUAUUCCACGGUCGAGCAACUGUUGUCUUCUGUUCAACUUUUCAAGUGCCAGUUUUAUCAGGCAACUCUCAUGGUGAUACAAGUCAGCUGUAAAGGAAGACUGCAAUUUUUCUGAAGCAUUCCUCCUUAGUUGCUACUUAGGUCAUCGCUUUUGCACGCGGUGCUUAACUGGCGAAAUCCACUCCACGGCGAUGACAAAAAUCAAAUGAUCCUGGCACUUUUUCGGCGCUGAUCAUCGAAAAGUUUCAAAUCGUCCACAGAACGCUUAAUCGUCGACUCUUUUCAAGGUGCAUGCUUAAAUGUGGGAUGUAUGACGGCAAAAAGAAAAACAAAAACAAAAACAAACACUCGCAAAGAACCUUUCCGUGAUCCUCAGUUCGCUGCCUUUGUCCCAUCGCUUCAUGCUCAGUCUCAGUCGGGUAAUUCAUUAACUUUUAUUUCAUCCCAGAUCCCAGCGGCUGUAAAACUGUAAAAAUGGACGUACAGUAAAAAAGGAAAACGGUCGAAGGACGGGCUUCUGAGUUCGACCUCAUCGAACUUCAUUUUUUUCACGGUGACAUACGAGACUCACGGAAAUAUGACACUUUUCGCGGGAAACAAGCCGUUCUAUUUAUAAAUCUACUCGGGAAAGGGUUGACUCAAGAAAUUAAUGGAGAUGGAGGCUCCUUUUGAUGGGCUCCUGAUUAAUGUGAAUCGCCCGCAUUUUAUUCAUGAAAUAAAGACAAAAGGUUAGGAUGUGAUUUCCCUUAAAAAAGGGUUAACUCGUCUUGUGCUUUUGUUCUGACAUACAAAAUAAUUCGUGUGGUUUUGGAAAUUUUUGCCACGAAAAUCAUAAAUUGAAAUGUGUGUGAUAAAAUUCCCUUCAUUUAUGAAGUGUUAAAAGCAUUUGAUUUCUCUUGCUUCUUUACAGUUUAUUUUUGCGUUUUCUAAGAAAAAAAGUCAAUAAAUCUCUACCUAUAUUUUAGUGUCAGAAGUCCUGUUCUGUGGUGGAAAACGAAACGGCCAUUAUCAAGCUCCAAGGAACUGCCAAUCGUACAUAGCCUGUUCGUAUGGCGUCACCAGUCACGUAGCAUGCCCCUCCGGAAAGGUCUUUGACACCUUAAAACGAAUUUGUGAAUCUCCAAUUAAUUCUACUUCUACUUGCAAGUUGCAAGAUGCCGUCGAAGAGUCAAAAUGGAACAUAAUUUGGACGCUCAAAAGAGGUUCAGUCUCUGCGAAGACAAAUGCCCCUUCCACAAGUAAAGACGUUAAUGCACAGUGAACUACAGUUGCUUUAAUUUUUUAGUUAACAUAAUUAAUCACCUACAAAAGUACAGUAAAUUUUUAGCAUCUGAAACCUGAAAUUUCCUUCGUCAUCGUCAUUUUUUUUAAAAUCAAAAUGACAUGUUUUUGCUUCCAAUCCACAACUCUUACUCUAAAGGCAAAGAGCUAGUCGUUAGACCAGAAUUAUUGUGUGGAAAGGUAAGAAAUAAAAAGUUCUCCAGUCGGUACUGUAGGUCACUUUGUCUAUCCCGUAAACUUUCUGGGACAAAGGCGGUAGGUGGCAAUCCUCUCUAGGGGGAGAUAAUGCCUCAGGGUAUACGGAGAGGUGGAAAGACCUCCCUAAGGGUCUAAUCCCCGAUUUAAUGUGUUAGAAAUGUCUAUAGAGUGUCACCAGAAACCUAUCUUUCCCACUCCAAACUUGGGAGUGAAAUAAAUCGCUAAAUAAGGUAAAACGUAUUUUAUGGAAUAUUCCACAGAGUGUCUAUCUUCUUGUUUGAUUAUUUUACUUGCAUUCCAAUACAAACCCUUUAUGUUCACUGCCAUUUUGAAGAUUACACAAUAUCAUACCGCACCUAAUUAAAAGUGUGUUAUAACUUUAAGUGUUGUUGUAAAGGCUGAUUAAAAGUGUUGUAGGCCCCUACUCAGUCGAGUAUAUAAAAUACAAAUGUCAUUCAAGCCAGCUUCGGUAGAUCGUUUGGGUAUGAACACCAUAAAAAAUAAACAGGGGAAUUAAAGACGACCUUUCAGGAAUUACGCGAAUCCUUACAGAAAGCGUCCUCUUAAGUCCAGGCCACAUACAAUCAAUGGAAUAUAACGUGACAGUCAGAAAAUAUUAUUGCAUAUAUAGGACCGUUCCAAUGAUGUUUGUUAUUCCAGUUCGAUAACACUGUGAACCUGAAAAAAACUUCCAUGUGAUACGACUUUUAAUUUCCUAUGAGGUUACGUCAGUCCUGAUGCUAGUAGCCUGUUGCAGGUGAUCAGAUUGUGAGGAUGGAGCAAAAAGAUGUGAGCAGGUCCAGGCGUUAUGCAGAUUGUGUAGAUGGCGCAAAAAGGAUGCUAGAAACGGCCUCACCACCUUUAGUUCUUGAGUUUAAACCUAGUUUCAGCGAGAGAACAGAGGAAUUUCUAUAGUUUUCCUGUUUGGAUGGCGUGGGUUGGUUCUCUGACAGAAUUAAGAUAUUGCGGCUCAAGAACUAAAGUUGGUGAAACCGUUUCUAGUAUGACGUACAUUUUGAUAUUUGUCAAUAUUCUCACUAUAACUGUAUCCAGGGCCCAGUUGUUCGAACGCCUGUUAGCGCUAACCCGGGUUUCUUUUCAUCAAAAGCACUCUAUCGAAUGAUUUUCUCUACUCUUUUUAGAGUAUCCAAUCGUGAAAUUAUGGGCAAAGAGAAUUAAACUGAAUUUGAUUUUUAAGGUCUCAUAUCUGAGUUCAAAUUUCGCUCUAACCCUGGUUUAUCUUAACCCAGCUUCGAACGACCCGGCCCAGAGAACAGUUUGCCGAAUACAAUAAAUACAAUAUGACUAAACUUAGCAGCCGAGAAAAAAAAGCUUUCUCUUAAUGGAUAACUGAAGUGUUCUUGACAUUUUGCUGCGACCCAGUCGCUGGAGCCCAUAUCGCCUCCUAGCAACGAUGAUCAUCAGACAAGAGAGGCCCUCAACGCCUUAAUUCGCCACUUUUACAUUUGACACACCGUGCACCUCGUUUGUCCCUGAAAUUUUGCCGAACGCCCACCGUUGCCAGUUUUGUCUGAAUCUCGGUCGAGAGUAAUUGAAAACAAUCCUAUGGUUAUGGAAAGUUUCGUUGGACAAACAAGGUAUAUUGAGGGCAAUGCGAAUUUCUGACCUGUCGAUGUUUUCCAAGGAUUCAGGGUUACUUUAAUCUAACCUUUUUAAGCGGGUACCUGAGUCCUUGGAGUACUUCCAAUUGUUAUCGGAACUUGUUUUACUUGUUCCUUUUCCGUUUUUCUUUUUUAACCCUAGUAUUGGGAAGUACGAACUUCGUAAGUUAAAGUUUUGUCUUCUUUCUGAAAAGCAUCAUUCCCUUGCUGUUGAUUUUGUCGCCCAACCGUGAGUGUGUUUUCGCAUACGAUCACAAAAGACCUUAUAAUUAGGUCAUUAACGGACCACUUAGUGAGCGUAUGAUCUACUGUUUAAAAUUAAUGAAAAACAGAGAACCUUUAAACGAAGCGGAGCUAACAUCAACCGGGGUUUAUUCAUGUUUCCACAAGGAAGACCUAGUUGUCAAGGCAUGCCUUGGAAAUUAACUCCUGUUAUUAUACUGUGCUUUGUUAUACAGUUUCAGUCUAGGGACAGGGCAGUUAAAGCAACCGUCGUAAGAGUCGACCUAAACCCGCCAACGAGAGCAGAUUUUGCUACUUGCAAACUAACGCAGGAAUUAAAAGAGAAGUUUGUGGACGAUCAUAACAAAUUUCGCUCAAAUGUGACACCUUCUGCUGCAGACAUGGAAUACUUGGUGGGUAUUUACUGCAAAUAAGAGAAGAGAACAUAUCGUUUACUCGACACGGUUUGGUGGUUAGUCAGUUUUGGUUGAAAGCACUUCAGGGCCCGUUUCCUCGAAAGAAGGUUAAGUUUAACCAAGAUUAAGCCAAAUUUUAAGCACGGUUUUCUUGUCUUCGACCAUGUAACUCAAGCUUACAAAAUACUGUUGAGCCUGCACUCUGAGAUACAGUAAUGAUAACAUAAAAAUGUUACUCUAAGUAAUACAUAGGGAGGUAAAUACAAAAAGUGGAACAAAAUUUUAAUCCUGGGUUAGCGCUAAUCGGGCUUUCAGGAACCAGACCCAGAGGGUAAUUUGCUACAUUUUUUUUGAAAUGGUUUCUGUUUAAGGCCGAUCAAUAAUGACUAAAUAAUUAUAAGUUGCCACCCCCGUUUUUGGUUAUACUUGCCGCCCUCAUUAUGAGAUCCCAUCUCCACAAGUGAAAGUGAGCUGGUUCAGUCCUUUAUUCUCUUACAGGAGAGGGAUAAAAGGUUUUGUAAAUUACUUAUUUUUCACUAUAUCUUUUUCUUUCUCUUUCAGUUUUGGGAUGAAAAUCUGGGGAAUUUGGCACAAAUGUGGGUAAAUACUUGUCAAUGGUGGCAUGGUUUCCUAUACUUUGGCGAAGAAUAUCCACUACCUUUGAAUUUGAAAGGAAGAAUGGGUAAGUUUCUAUCAUGCCUAAGAUAGUUCCUUACCUUAAUUUAGUAUUCGUUGAAAAUAAUUUUCGUUUUUGAUUAGCUUAUACAGGCCUGGCUAAUUUGAAUGGAAAGAUGCUUGCUAUUUUUUGAAGCACGGAAUUAAUUUAUGUAUAGGUUGCUGACAUCAGUAAUGGAAUAAUUAUAAAAAUCACCCACCACUGACACACAUGGCAGUUGUGUGGCAGCUAAACUGUUUUGGCUUUCUGCAGUUCAAGAAAUUGCGGAUGAUUUUCCAGACAAAAUAGAAAACGAUUAAAGCGGAAUUGCUUGCUAAAAAUAGUUGGCCAGAAUGCGCAAAAAAUCCUACUCGAUGGAUCGCAACUUUGCUAGAAAGGCUGAAGAUCGAGGAAAAUAGCAAUCUUUUUCAGUUUUCUCUCUUCUUUUUUUGUUUCUUAGUGUGCUAGCAAACUCAACAAAAAGGGAAUAAAAGCUCGCACUGUUCUCACUUACGAAUAGGGUAUUGACUUUCGAUAGGAUUUACUAAAAAAUGCGCAAAAAUCAACCGUCCUAUCACUGAUUUUGUGCUGUCGAUUAAUCAUGAUAUGUUUAAACAUGGCCCAGCAUGCUUCAUAAUUAAAAUAGUUCAAGUAUAUUUAAAUUCAGCAUGAUUGCGAGUCUUUGCAGGACACAAACAACGAAGAUAAAUAAACGCAUUAUUUUAUUCCUUUCUCAUGUUUGGUGUCCUCCAGAACUCGCUAUAAGAAGUAUUUUCUUAAAAAGUGGGCAGUUUUUAAUGCCGUCAUAGUAAUACUAGCACGAACAGUUUCUCUCUUGCCCUUUUCUAUACUUCCAUGACAGCUCCUUGACCACUGGCUCUCUCUUUGAUUCUUAAGGCCAGAAUCUGGCUAAAGAUAACUACGACCUCCCAGAUCCAACGACCCGCGUGAAGAAGUGGGACGACGAAGAAAACAACUUUCGGUAUGGUAGCAGGACAGGCUUUUGCGUGAAUCCACCUUGCGGACAUUACAUACAGGUAAAAUGGCCUGCUAAACCAAACAUUGUUUGUAUAUCAGAUUAAUUUGCUCGUUGAUUCUUAUUCUUUUACUUUCCUUGUACUGUUUUCCACAAGUUGCUCAUACUUCCAGCAGCUUUUUUCUGUCUACUAAUCUACAAAAGUAUUUUCUUUCGAUUCUUGAAUUCUGAACAGUAUAUUCACGUUUAACUAACGAGAAAUGAGGAUAGAUUUACGUGCAAAAAUUCGGCCUCCGGCAUAUAUGUUACCAGUGGAUUUCUAAUAAACUGUUCCGACGACGCACGCCCAUUACGAAUACGCACCGACGACUAUAUAUCAAAAGUUGACGAAGGCGUUUUAAAAAAUUCGAAGAUUACGAAAAAAUAAAAAUUACUAAUUGCAGUUAACUUACAUGACUUUCAGGUGCUAACACUUGGACUUAUAUACUUUUAACAGAUUUUUUAAAAAUAUAUUUGACGACAGUUACAUACCGGCCGAACAUUCAUCUUAGGCAACUUGUGGAUCCAGAGGGAAAUAGAAAGUAAAUAAUUUUUACACCACCCUGUGAGCAGAGCUUCCUUUUGUCUUCGCGAGUGUGGAGGAGAAAAGGAGGUUCUGCGAGGCUCUGCCUGAAUCAAGUUAAACCUUUGAGGUCGCCGCAGCCCAAACUUCUGGACUAGACAAUCUUGUUCUCUCUCGUCAAGCUGUUUUUUUUUUUCCGAGUGUCAGCAUCCGUUUAUUGAUAAACCGAUAGUCAUAACAAGCACACGGCUGUUAGGCUCGGGUUCGAAUCUUAGAAACUUCCAAUGCGUGCUCAACAAAGACCUUACUCGAUUCAUGCAGGGUCUUUCUUGAGUAACCCAAAAGCGAGCAAGCGAAAGAAAAGCUCUACUGAAAGGGUGACUUUUCAAAUGCAAGAUUCCAUGUUUAAAGUCACUGGUUAGGCAACUCCGGCAACAGCCCAUGGUACCAAGGUUUUUAAUUGCCAACUAAGUCUGACUAUGAUCGGCGAUUGCUUGACCGAAAAGCUAAGAUAGCUACAGUUAGCGCGCCAUGGUCGUAAACUCUUACACGCUGGGGCAAUUUAUCUACGCAAGUCUAUCUUAUCCUUCCCGAAUCAAUCUUUUUUCAAAAUUUACUAUCUUUCAGAAAUACGUACCAUCGCUGCAACUAAUGUUAGUACUGCCGACUCUCUCUUAACGUACACCUCUAUAAGACGGACACCUCUGUAAAACGGACACUUAGAGUUAGUCCCUGCCUUUCUUUACUCCCUUUAUUCGACUCUCUAUACUAUAAGACGGACACCUCGUGCCGGUCCCAAAGGUGUCCGUCUUAGAGAGAGUUGACUGUAUUUAGAUAGAAUAAAUACACCGUAGUAAGUCGCAAAGACCUGAGAUGGUGACCCCGACCAGUUAAGCUAGUCGCUACUAUAUAUCCGUCCGUUAAGUUUCGUGCAAUCAGAUCCUGAUCAGAUCCUGAAUCAUAGCUGACUUUUUUUCAGUUGACUUGGGCGAAAGCAAAGUUUGUUGGCUGCGCCGUCAACUUAUGCCCUAACUUUGGUGAUGGUCAAAACAAUGGUGGAUCAUUUGUUGGUUGCGAUUAUGACAGGUAAAUGGUUGUAGUUCUAAUUAUUUGCAUCUCUUUUUGAGGCAUUUGUUGCACCUCAGAAUCAAACAGCCAGAAUAUACUGCAUUUCUAUUUAAAGGAGCUGUGUCACGAAAUUCAGCCAAAUUAGGAAAUUACAAAAUGCCCGUUGAAUCAAGAGAAACAUAAAAAUAACCACUUAAAACUUUAAAGGAAGGUUAAAAUAACAUAACAGAAACAACAGAUGUCACCGAUGGGCAAAACUGAAGAAGAUUGAACCGGAUUGAAAUUAGGAUUUUUGAAAACUGUUAAAAAACUGCCUAACAGUUUUUCAAAGUUGAUCCCUGCUGCUUGCAACAUUAAAAGUAAUGCUAAGGGGACAUAUUUGUUUGUCUCGGAUAACUGAUUUUGUCAUUUACAUGUAAUUUCUUUGCUUACUUUAAGUUCGAUAGCGAUUGAGGGUGAGUAACUGGCAAAAUUAAACAAAAUGGACUGGACUGCCGUGACACAGCCCCUUUAAACAUCAGAGCAACUGGACUUGUAAUUCAGAGGCCCAAUCCUAGUGGUCGAUGUCUUGCCCAGACCACUUAUCGAAUUAUUCUCGUUUAUUAGCCCAGAGUUUAAAUCCGGAGCUACGCAUGUAAAAUAGCCAACUUGAAUUUUCCACAAUUGAUUAACUAUCCAUUUUUUUCCACAUUUGAGAGGGCAAUUGCCUUCUGCAUCUGGGUAGAAGCUUCUUUGAUUUGCUAGUCGAAUGUUUGUUAGCAGAUUAUUUCACUUAUUCGGGGACUUAACCGCAGUCAGUGCAGGCUGUAGCAGGUAUUCGUAAAGUGUCUCCUCAUUCGUCGGAGAAAACAAUAACGCAACAUUGUUUGUCAUCAUUUCGAUCGUUUUACUGUUACGGAUCGUUAUAUAAUGUCCUUUCAUUUUNAAGUAAUGCUAAGGGGACAUAUUUGUUUGUCUCGGAUAACUGAUUUUGUCAUUUACAUGUAAUUUCUUUGCUUACUUUAAGUUCGAUAGCGAUUGAGGGUGAGUAACUGGCAAAAUUAAACAAAAUGGACUGGACUGCCGUGACACAGCCCCUUUAAACAUCAGAGCAACUGGACUUGUAAUUCAGAGGCCCAAUCCUAGUGGUCGAUGUCUUGCCCAGACCACUUAUCGAAUUAUUCUCGUUUAUUAGCCCAGAGUUUAAAUCCGGAGCUACGCAUGUAAAAUAGCCAACUUGAAUUUUCCACAAUUGAUUAACUAUCCAUUUUUUUCCACAUUUGAGAGGGCAAUUGCCUUCUGCAUCUGGGUAGAAGCUUCUUUGAUUUGCUAGUCGAAUGUUUGUUAGCAGAUUAUUUCACUUAUUCGGGGACUUAACCGCAGUCAGUGCAGGCUGUAGCAGGUAUUCGUAAAGUGUCUCCUCAUUCGUCGCAGAAAACAAUAACGCAACAUUGUUUGUCAUCAUUUCGAUCGUUUUACUGUUACGGAUCGUUAUAUAAUGUCCUUUCAUUUUCAGUUAUCUGGUAUACCUUAGCUAGCACUUCAAAUUAUAGAUAUUAUGUUCUGCUCCUCAUUUACGGCAUUUCUAAGAACCGUGAUGUCAGAUUCCAAGGACACACCUUACCAGGCAGGCAAACCAUGUACCAAAUGCGCUUCAGGUUCUGGAUUCUGCUACAAGAACCUGUGCAGUAAGUAGUCACCGCUUCCAAACAUAAGUUUAAAUAAGAGACAGGCACCUUGGUGGACCUUUAACCCUGGUUUUUACAGAUUUUCUAUUAUCGAUCAGGCUGGAUGGGAUCCGAGUCAAUUCGUCAAGUGAUUGCGUCUCUAGGAGCUAAAGUUAAGCCGUUCGCAAGUUGUAUUGAUCCUUCCUUUUCAAUUCGAAACCUGAGGACGGUUUAGAAUGGACUUCACAAUGUUAUUUGAAAAUACCAGGCGACUUAGAACGCCUGUGAAGUGGUGUUAAUCUCUUGAGGCUUAGAUAGCAAAGGGCCGAAGACUGAUACCACUAUAAUUUGAGCAGAAUUUUUUGACCUUGAAUUAAAAACUAGUAAGUGAUAUUUUGGUGUUUUUAAAGGCCAAGUAAUACGACUAAAUUAAGAGAUUUUUCAACCAAAAUCUUGCUUUGUCAGGAGAUUGUGCUGAUUUUGACAAGGAAUGUGGAGGGAGUCUGACACAAGCCAUGUGCAAAUCGGACCCCGAAUUGAUGGAAAAGAAGUGUCCCAAAAUGUGCAACUUGUGCAGUAAGUUGUUCACUGGGUGAAAGUUCUUGUAAAUUCCUUUAGUCAUAAUCUUACGGUGGCUAUCAUUUAAAUCCAACGACACAUUAUGUUUACACUGGUUGAAUUGGGACAUCAAUGACAUCAGACAUAUGAUAUAGUCAGCUUAUUGCGGCAGGGCAGGGAUACCACCGUCUACUGAAAUAACGUGACGCCAUUCUUCCGAUUUAAAGCAGAAUGUUCGAUUCACAAGUAAAAAACCCCUAUAAAUUAGUAUUUGAAGAACAAUGAAGAAAUAAAACAAAGUUCACAUGUAUACAUGUCAAAAGUGAAAAAUUCAUAUUUUUACACAAGUUUGAAUUUCAGAAAAACCAAGACGAACUCAUGAUGAAUGCACACCUUUGACUUUUGACAUGACUAUCUUUGAACUGUCUUUCUAUGUUUUCUUUUUUUUUUUUGUAUGCAAGAAUGUCCAUUGCAAUGUCAAAAUGGCGGUACUCUGAAUGCUCAAAGCUGUAUUUGUUCAUGCGCAGUACGUUGGGCAGGCCCGGACUGUUCAGGUAUGUUACAUACUGGGAAAAUUAAAAGAACAAUGUUCGGUGCCGUCCAUGUCAUGUCGGAGCUAUUCAUGAGCCAAGUAUUAACCGUUCAGAAUCUCAGUGUGUUACUUCAAAAAUAACAUACAAAGCAAAACCCUGGGUGGUUCCUUCUUUCACAUCCCUCGGCCUCCCUACCGUGGAACUGGGUGACUCUGCAUAAAGUGCAGUUUACUUGACGGUCGUGAUUAAUAGUGUCCAGGUGUUUUGGUGGAUGACCGAUCACAUGUCCCUUUAACUUCUUUUUACAAGUUUGAUUCAGUAAGUUAUUUAAGUUAAAGUUUUCCUACAAGCAUUAACGGUGAUUUAUUUUUAAUUUUUAAUGUAGAGGUCUGUCAAGACACUAGGACAGAAUAUCCUCCAUGCAACUUGAUGAUCGAGUGGAACGGCAAAGAUAUAUGUAAAGAAGAAGCCAUGAAAACAACCUGUAUGGCUUCUUGUAUGAUCUGCGGUAAGGAAUUUUUAAGUCACCUUUUAAACAGAUUUGAAGAUCAAACUUGAAAUGGAAGCACAAAUGCAAUGCACAAUGCUUAAUUCAUUUCUCGGGAUGUUUACUGGCCAUUGAGAAGCAACUUAGAAAUUAAAAUAGAUUUUUUUAUACUGGUCAAAGUGCGGAAAAGAAUCCAACAUCUGGUCGAUUAGAGCGUUAGCCAUCGGUGGCGAGAAGCUCUACGUUUAGCUUUAAUUUUCUUUGUAAUGUAGUAUUGUUCUUGAACGGCAAAUGGAAGGCGCAUUUCAGCCUUAAAAACUCUUAAUCCGGAAGUAGAACCAGAAGAGCACAAUACAGUCAAACCUCUAUUAAGCGUUCACCCUCGGGAAUUAGCCAGGAAGCUGACCGCUUAAUGGAGGCUGACCAUUGAUCAUGGUGGCAGAAAUUGACCAAGAGGGCAAAAUUGAUUACUCUAUUUACAAUUUAUUAAUCACAACAACAGUGACGCGAAAUAUGGAUGUUCUGAGGGAUGAACUCAAAGUGACCGUUUAAAAUAAAAUAAGCCAUUUGGGAAAUCCAAACGGUGACCGCUCAAAUUUACAGUAAAUAUGGGAGGCAAAUUUCGGGAAAUUUAUAGGUGUAUCUUUUUUUGUAUUUUUUGUAUUUUAUUUUUACUCCAUCCUACAGAUAAUACAUUAGUUGUACAAUAUUAAUUAGUACAAGGUUGUUUAAACUACGUGUACCUAAGACAAAAAAUUAUAAUGGAGAAGGGCACAUUAUAGCAAAACUAAUUAUGGCCCUUUAACAAGAUUGACUUUAUUCUAUUAUAGCUUUGUUAUUCAUUAAAACACAAACAUGCACGCACGCACACACACACGCACACAAGUCAAUGUUUAGCAAGAUAGUAUUUUUUAAGUGCCUUUUUGAAAAACUAUUUCUAUACCCCCUCUGUAACGACGUUGAGCCUAAUUAGGCGCAACAAAUCUCUGAAAAUAAAUGUUAAAGUUGAAUUUGGACCCCUUGCACAGUCUGGCCCCUCCCUGCCUGGAUCAGCUUGGUGAGGGAUAAGGUGAACAUAGCGGGGGACUGAAGCGGGCGCUGGGGGAUCCGCCACCCUUUCCCCCUGCCCAGAUCCCGCUUGCCUCGCUUCGCUUUUACUCGGCCCAGUUAUUCCCUUUUCUCCUAAAGGAAGGAACCUGGUUCCAGGCUUCCCCUGCAGACUGAGAUCAAUACGUUAUAUUUAGUUAAUCGUGUUUAUGGUUAACAAGGUGCUCCCUAGUGUCUAUCAGCACUCAAAAUUUCAUUUUAUGUAUCCAACUUUAGAUGAUGGCAGUGGUAAAUACACCACCACGGUAGCUCCUGUAACCACUUCUGCUCCUAAUGCACCUCAAACAGGCAAGUACUCCUGAUUAAUUAGUGAAGCUUAUUAAAAUCUGUUUGGGUUUUCUAUUUCACUUUUGAUUGGGGGAGACUGGUGUGUAGGGGGGGGGGGGGGGGGUUCUGGGGGGCUUUUUAAAAUUUUUUUUGGAUAUCUGCCAGACUGUUCAAACUCGGUGUAAUGACAAGAACAAACAGAAAUGAUAAAGCGGUGUCUGAUUUAGCUUCCAGCCAUCCUCAUUAGUCAUUAACAAUGUGUUUCUAAAUAAUUUGUUCUUAUAAUUGAUCCGUAUGUCAAUGGUUAACCCAGCAACUGCAGCUCCUGCAGUAAGACCAGUGCCAAAUAUUGGGACGACAGGACCUGCGUCACAAGGUUAGAACGUAUGAACAGCGCAAGCCUUGUUCCUAGAGUUCUCUCUGGGAACGAGGUUGUCGUAUGAAUAGUGUGGUCAUUCUUUGAGCGUUCUAUCUGUAUUUAUUCACAAUCUUAAGUGUUGUUCUGUUUGUACUGUCCUAAUGGAAUCCGAGAUUUGACAGUGACAGUGGCUCUGGUUUUGAAUCAUUUGACUUAUAUACUCACAUACCUUACAUUCAAUUAUUUUUAGUUCCUGUGCUCUAAGUUUGUUUUCACUCAUGUGGUCAGCAACAGCCUUACUAUACAAAUUUAUAGGAAAAAAAUAAAGCUUUUCCAUGAAAAAAUAAUUCCAUCCACACAGGAUUUUCUCGGUACAGCAACAUGACCCCCGUUUCAUUGUUCUGUAGACUAGUAUGGCCGCCGUGAUGUCGGGUGAAAACGAUCUUUCGAUGCUUUGUAAAAACUCAUUUUAACAACUGAAUUUGAAUUUCCGAGUUCAAGAAACUCUCACUUUCAAAACGAGGCUAACUAAGUAUAAAACCUUUCUUGUGAAGAUGAGUUUUAUUUGCAUGAUAAUUAAAAAAUCAUUUUCGUGACAACGGCUUUGCACCUAGCCUAGCUUUGAAACAGAGGCUUUGGGCAACUCCGAAAUGGUCCAUUGAUUAGUUAAUUAACCAUUGCCAGAAAGUUCCAAAGUUGACGUUUUGAGCGCAAUCCGCGUUAUCAGCGCGAAUCAUUGAUUCUGAGAUUGAUGGCCUAACCGAUAGCCCUUCGAAACGUCAGCUUGUGAAUCUUUUUACGGUUGUAAAUUGACUAAUCAAUUCAGUUGUUAAAAAAAAUCUGUACGUUUUGUGUUUAAAGCCGAAACUGAUGUGAAUGUCGUGGGUUCAAAUCUUUACGAGGUCAAAGGAUUUUUUCUGUACCAUCGGUGGUCAGUCACUUUAUUCCCUUUACUUAAGGGCUCUGACGCCCAGUAGGUUUUUUAGUUAUUUGUAGUCCUUGAAUAUUCAUCAAAAAAUUGAUUCGCUAUUCCGUCAUUUGUUUAACAAUACGCGGCACAACAUCAUAUGUUAAAGUACUCUUUACCUUUUUACCUCGCCGUGAGUGACGACCACCCACCCUCGACUCGCUCUUCUGGCAUCAGGCCUAGUAGCCUAGGAGGCCGUGGGUUAGAAUACCAUCGAGAUCAAAAGAAUGAUUUGUGUGGUCUCCUGCAAUUGCCAUUACUACGGCUUCAACACUCAGUGGGGUUUGUGGGUUAUUUCUUGUAUCACUUGAAUUUCCAUUCUCUGACUGCUCCAUAUCAUUCCCUUCACUCUAUAGUUCAUCUGAUUUUUAUUGUAAUUAUGAUUCAAGACCUGUGAACCAGUCUUAUCAGAAACCGAACUUUAAAAAUAAUGCUUAAUUAAAGGGCUUUUUCAUAUUUUCAGCUUGUACAUCCGACCGUAAUCCGAGUUGCGAGUCGUGGGCAGCUGUUGGAGAUUGCGAGAAAAACACGGUGUGGAUGUUACUGAACUGCUGUGUCAGCUGUAAAUAUCAUCAGGCACCGAAGGGUAAAUAAUUUAUAAACUCUUUACUAAAAAUUUGAAGAAACGUCCUGAAAUGAGGAAGCGGGGCAUUGAAUACUGUUUUUAUUGAUCACUUGAUGUAAACUGAUUGGUGUAAGCUUCGCUUACCUUAAUUAUAAAAUAAAUAAAUGUAUGUUUGUGUUUCUUUAUAUAUCUCAAAAAAAAAAAAAGACCAAGGUGUUCUGCUUCUCGGCAUAGAGUGCAAAGAUUCAUCUACACUGUUUAGUGUAAGCUGCGUUUACCUGAAUUACAAAAUAAAUAAAUAUAUGUUUGUGUUUCUUUAUAUAUCUAAAAAAAAAAAAGACUAACAAACAAAGGUGUUCUGCUUCUCGGCAUAGAGUGCAAAGAUUCAUCUCCAGAAUGCCCUCUCUGGGCCUACGAAGGGGAUUGUGAAACAAACAGAAUAUGGAUGUUACCUAAUUGUAGGAUGAGCUGUAACCAAUGUGGAGGUAGGAGCAAUCACAGUUGUAGUACUCGUUCCUAAGCAUGUCUAAUUGAAAGCAACUUAAUGGUAAAUCUAAUCAGUGACUGGAUGGGUUCUAAUGUGAUUAUCAAGAUGCGAGUGCAGGUCGGUUCGCUGUUACUCAGGUUUCUUUACUAAGACUUCAGUGAUGAUUCGUCAAAGAGCGAAUUCAAAUUAGUAGCUUAUACGUAGCCUAAUGAGCUAAAAUUUCUUAAUCGGUCCGUUAAAGGUUGUACUGUCAUUCCAAGAUUGUUCUGUCCUUUUUAUCCUUGAUGAGGACGUUUGUAAGACACGCGUUGCUGUUCAUAAAUGCAGUAGAAUGGGGGAAAGAAAUCAAAUUCCCAAGACUCUUCACAGUCCUUUAUAUUUCAGCGUUUUUUUGUGAAGAUCACCCGCCUAAUUCGAGACGUUUCCAUCUGGAUUUUGUAUAGUUAACGAGAAAUCAAAUAAUGCCUGAAGUGGUCGAUAGCUUAGGCUGCCUGUUAUCGUUUUCGGGGCAAGAACGUUCCAGCGAUAGAAAGGCGGCUGCAUUUGCGCGCGGGCAGGUAACCAUUGCCGUUGUUGUUCGUCUCCUGAUCCUUUUUGUGUAAUUAUAUUCAACCUGAGAGUAAGUAUGGAUUUUUCUUGACCUGUAAUUCAAGAAUGCAAGGACAAGGAUUUGAAAUGUCCUUCCUGGGCUAUACUUGGGCAGUGCACUGCAGGUGAUAGGAUGAUCUGGAUGAACAGGAAUUGUAGAGAAAGCUGUGGACGGUGCAAAGGUAAGAGCUGUUGCGACAACGACUUAGGAAACGUACAUUUCAGCUGUAUAUCUAAUUGUGGAAAUGUGUGCACGGCUAAGCACAAAUGGGCAAUAAGAUAAUGACUGAGAGAAACGCAAAUAUACUUAACAUUAAAAAGUUUUGGAGGAACAAACCCAGUUGGAUUAACUCUAUUGCUCUUGGCAACGAUAUUUGGCUAGUUGCCUGACAUGACACUGUAUAGAUGGGCAUGCAUGUGCCAUGAUGGCUUCUUCCUUUUAAUUCCACAACUUGGUAUUUUAAUGGUUAUAUACCAGCUGUCUGCUCCAUUUAUUUCGUAUUCGUUGCACAAUGAAUGAAGAGGUUGCUGCCAUGCUUUCCUCUUGGAUACACUCUGUCUUGGCAAGCUCAAGGCAGUGCACGAGACUAGGUGGUCCAUAGAUUCAUCGUAUGAAAAAAGUACGUAUUAAGUGGAGAUAUGCCUCAUCUUUAAUAAUGUCGGUGGUGGCUUUAAAAACUAGUGGCGACGCUUUGAUUUUGUACUGCAAUGACAAAACUUUCUGAUUCCGCUUCAAGCCCGUAAAUUCGAGUCACUGAUUUGUUUUCUUUACGUCUCUACCAGCAGCUUUGAUUGGUUUGGGUUGUGCAAUCCACUUAAUGUUGUCAUUAUCAUUAUGAUGGUCUUCCAUGAAAAUAAGUAUUAUCAUUCUCAUUCUCAUUCUCAGUUUUAUUCUAAUUUUGCUUUCCACGAUGUCUUUCAUAGUUUAUGACAGACGUCAAGAAUGCCCAGCUUGGGCAAAGAUGAAUCACUGCAAGAAAUCAAAUUGGAUUUGGAUGGUGAAUAAUUGUCCUUGGAGCUGUAAUGUGCCUGGUAAGAGUUUAUAUGCCUGAAGCACAAACAAGCCGUAACCUUUAUGUCUAGGCCAACUGGGGAGUUUUAUACCCAGAAGCCUCAUGGUUUUUCAUGCCAUUUCCUGCAUUUACACGUCUUAGUUUUGCAUAUUCCCAUUAAAAAGCCUAAUUAAAGGGGCUGUGUCACGGCAGUCCAGUUCAUUUUGUUUAAUUUUGUCAAUUACUCGCCUUCAAUCGCUAUGGAACUUAAAAUAAGCAAAGAAAUUACAUGUAAAUGACAAAAUCAGAGAUCCGAGACAAACAAAUAUGUCUCCUGAGCAUUAUUUUUGAAGGGCAAGCAGUAGGGAUCAACUUUGAAAAACUGUUAGGCUGAACAGUUUUCAAAAACCCCAAUUUCAAUCUGUUUCAAUCUUCUUCAAUUUUGCCCAUCCGUGGCGUCUGUUGUUUCUGUUAUGUUAUUUUAACCUUCCUUUAAAGUUUUAAGCGGUCAUUUUUGUUCCUCUUAAUUUAACAGGCAUUUAAUAAUUUCCUAAUUUGGCUGAAUUUCGUGACACGGCCCCUUUAAUGCCCCAGAUUACCCUAGUUAAUCUUAGGUAAUCUAGAAAGACAGCGAAGGUUAGGGAGGCAGCAUGGUGAAGUGGCCCUUACACCUCCUUAGACCCUGUCACAACUUCCUGCCUUUACCGAAUUACUGCCUCUUUUAGUUAAAAUAACGCAUACUUAGCAGUAGGCAUCUCUUGUUCCUGUUUAAGACUUAAGGCAGAGCUGCAAAAAAACAGCCUUUAUUUAAUUAGUUUCUUUUGUUUGAAAUGGCUUCGUCCAAACUCCCUACUUUGAACCACACACCGACAUUGAAGCAUAAAAUGAGAAAAUGAGUUGAAAGCAGGAAGGGUUUAAAAUUUAGAUUCUUUGCUAGAUAGCAAACCAUAUUGACCUCUCACAAUCCUUCCAUGUAUAGUCAAAGAAGCCUUGUUCUGCGGUGGAAAAGCAAACGGUGAUUACCAAGACCCGUCUUCCUGCAAAGCAUACAUAGCGUGCUCGCACGGUGUCACAACGCACGUGGCGUGCCCACCAGGAAAGUCGUUUGACACAAUCAAACGGAUAUGUCAACCCAGUAACCGAGCUACCUGCUCAGUGGUCCAUCUACGUGACAAAUUAGAACCGGAAUGGAAGAUACUGUGGACCUUAAAAAGAGGAUUACCGGACCCUCAUCAUUGA